CAUACCCCCCUCUGCUGUAUUUUCAGACUGGAGCUACUGAAGCUCGAUGCUCAUACCACCGAGUCGCUCCGCUUUGGACACCCACCCUUCUCCACCGCACCGCCGCCUCAGCUGGCGGAGAAUAUCCGUCUGGGUAUAGGAAGAUGGUGGGAGUGACGGGAGCUGCCUUGUCUUCCCCUGGAUAAAUCGGGAAAACACAUAAAAACGUGUUUUUAUUAGCCUACUUAGGCUACCCGGACCCGGGCAAUAGGGAGGUAACCUUAACCGUCACCGAACCUUUCGAACGGAAGAGGACGCGAACGCAACAAGGAGUGGACUCGCUCGGGCUAUGCUUCUUCUGGGCACAUGCAGGCAGCAUAAUCUCGAGCUAUCCAGACUUGAGGAAUUUAUGGAACAGACAGCCAGCACAUUUCGCGAACUAUGUCUUAUUCGUUGGUAAUUGAAUAAAGGGAAGCAGGAUCAAGGAUAUAUUGUUUCUUCCUCAUGGGAAUUCGGUAUUCCUUUGGGGAAAGCAAAGAGGAGGAAAUUCACAGAAUCUCUCCAUGCACUCCAUAGUUAUUCUCUACUCCACGCGUUUACAGUCCUAUGACGAAGGAACCACGGCCUGGGAAAAAGUUUCUAGGCUUUGGAUACAGAAGGGAGCACAGUAGUGACGUUUCUGGAUACGUUUUUGCUUCAAUUUUAAACUGCAGUUUUUGUUUUUAAAAGCCUGUCCUGUUCAUUGGAUAGGCCUAUCCUAUGGAAAAUGUGAAUAUUCGAUAGGAAUAUUUAGUAGACAUAACUUGACAGUUUUGUAUUUCAGUCUAUAUAUUUAAUAGACUAUUCAUACAAGGGUGGGUGUUUCUCAUAGCUUUCUGUUUUGCCAACUCUUACCAACAAGUUUGUUCAAGACUCCAGCCUAGUAAAAGGAGUUGGCUUAUAUCAGCUCAGCUGUCAUAUUUUGGGUACUUAUCUCUCGAUUUAAAAUCGCUUUUCAAGGUCUCAUAAUUACUGUAUCUGUACAGUCCCUGUCGUCUUGGAAGUGGGGAUAUUACCGAUGUAGAGAUCCGUAGAGGGAGGUCAGGAAAGGACGGGGCUGGAGCUUGGGAAUAGGCCCGGCUGUGGAAGAACUACAGACUGGGUAUGGGGGGACAGCUAGACCGCUAAACGGACGCUGCCUGCCUGGCUGCUGGUUUUGGGUGGUCGUGAACCAACCGACCCACCCACCUACCCGACCCGACAGCCAAAGUCUAACUCUUCAGCUUGGCUAGUUUAACACGAAAGUAUUCACCCACACUAGGGCUUUGAAAUAGUCCGAAAGGGAAAGGAGGACAUGCUAUGAAUGUUAGCCUAUUAUUUUCAACUGUUGACUCAUGUAACUAAAACGGAAAGAGGAUAACGCUUGUUUUUUUUCCAAGGGAAAGGAACUUUAAAGUGACUUGUUUUGGAGCGGGUGCUCCGAUAAGAUAAGAAGGGACCGAAGCUGUAACUUAGUCGCAAUUUUCUAGCCAUGUGUAGCUUGUUAUUGGAAUGAGUGGGACAACAAUCUACUGUGUAUAGCCUACAACUCCUAAACAAGACACACACACAAUAUGGGUCGUUUUGGACUUGGAAACAUUAUAUAAAUAAUGUUCUCUUUUCGGAUUGUGUGUGUAUUAAAAUGUAAUAAUAACAUGGGGACAUUAUUUUGAUCAUCAGUGAAGAAGACACGUGAGGACUUCUUGAGAGCGAGGCUCGAGCUGUCACUGGCGGCUGUCAAAACACUGCGCGUGGUGUGGAAUAAAAAGUGAAUAUUUGAACAACUGAUCCCAGAUUGGCUUUUUAAACCUGAUUAAAAAACGUAAUGUGAUAAAAAAACGUAAUAUAUGGGAAGGAUGUAUAAAGAAGGGGAGAGGAAAGACGAAAGGACUUUCAAUUAUUUCAACUGCCAGAUGAGAGCGAGCAGAGCAGCACACGAGUACAAAGUGGACAGCGAGGGCUUCCAAAGGCAAGGGACGAAUUAAUGGAAUGUGAGUGCUGACGUAAUACAGAGGUCGGGAUAAUGAACUACUCAAGAGCCUGGAACGGUCCUUUUUAUAUGAGUGAGUAGGCCUAGUUGGCUACAUUCGUGCGUAGCCUAGUAGAAAUACGUAUUUUCUGUACACACGAUAUAUCAAGUCGUGAUUACAACCAUCACCUUUCUUGCCUCUCUUUUUUGCUCACUCUCCUGCCUAGUCUUCCUCUGCCAGAUGUUUCACUUAGUACUGUUACCGCAUUGCCCGCGCACCGUCCGCCAUCAUUGAUCAGAUAUUAGUAUUUCCCCCUUCACGUCACUCCAGCCAUCAUAAUGGCCUUGCAGCCGCUGCAACACCGGCAGCAGCAGCUUCUCCCACAUGCCACGGAGGUUAGCUGCGCCUCAAGCAGUGACGGCGCCGUGACUGUGCGGAUUAUCGACAACACUAAGCACACACAGCACGCGCCAUCGCCACAGCAUCGACAAUAUCAUGACUCUCCCCCAACCCCAACCCCAACGACAAGGGACAGCAAUACCAGAGGAGGAGGGAGUGGAGUAGGUGGGUCUACCACUACCGCCAAAGGAGAUCCCUCCAAACCCUGCACCAAAUACAGCAUCUCCUCCAGCUGUAGUUCAGGGGAGUCGGGAGUUCGGAGGGCUGUUAUGAAUAAGUUACACAGCCAGCAGAAGACUCUGCCCCAGUUGUUUGAGAGGUCCGCUGCCCAGUGGUGGGACCCCAAGUUUGAUUCGCCGAUACUCGAAGAGGCGUGCCGCGAGAGGUGCUUCCCGCAGACUCAACGGCGCUUCCGCUAUGUUCUGUCAUACAUGGCCUCUGCCUCGCUCCUUUGGGGCGUGUAUUUCGGGGUCAACCACGACCGCUGUGACCCGGCGACCUUCCUCGCCCCGACCGCCUCCUUCCUCCUUUUCCUGCUCAUCCUCUUCCUCUUUACCUUGACAAGGCCCUAUGCUCACCUGUACAACCAGGCCUCGCUGCUCCUCAUUGUGACCACAUUCGCCAUCACUCUGGCUCCUCAGAUCCAGACAGGAGGCUUUGUCUACCUGGAGAGAACCAGGGAUGGCAACCGGACAUUCCCUCGCACCCCAGGCGGAGUGGGCCCUACUCGGGCUCCCUGCAUCUCCCCAGUGGGCACCUUCUCUCUGUGUAUGGAGGUCCUGCUACUACUCUACAGUGUUCUCCAUGUGAGGCUAUAUGCUUCAGUUUUACUGGGGCUCCUGUAUUCAGUACUAUUUGAAGCCUUAGAGUGGCUGCCCCUGCUCCAGGGGAGAGAUGGCAGUGGAGGAAAUUAUGGGGGGAAUAGGUGGGGCGAGGCUGGGGUUGGAGGUGCAGAAGGGUCCCUAGGUUCUGGAUCUAGUCCUGGAGGUCUUGGUUCUUCUAGCUUGGAAUGGGAAACCCUCCGCUGGCUGUGCCCGGCUAAGGCUCUCCUCCACCUGUGUGCCCACGCCAUCGGCAUCCACCUCUUCAUCAUGUCCGAGGUGCGAUCCCGCUCCACCUUCCUCAAGGUGGGCCAGGCCAUCAUGCACGGCAAGGACCUGGAGGUGGAGAAAGCAUUGAAGGAACGCAUGAUCCACUCUGUCAUGCCGAGGAGGGUCGCCGAUGAACUGAUGAAGCAGGGGGACGAGGAGAUGGAGGGGAACGCAGGGAAGAGAUACUCUGCCGGGGCUUGUUCGGCUGUGUCCACGGUCGGAGGUCCUGGGGGGGCUUCUUCAAUCGCGGCGAGCCCUAAGAACCAUCCCCAUCAUCAUAGUCAUCUUAAGAGGAAGAAGACUUCGAUCCCCAGAGGCCAGAUCAUCUUCAGGCCAUUCAACAUGAAGCGCAUGGAGCCUGUUUCUAUCCUCUUUGCGGAUAUCGUCGGCUUCACCAAAAUGUCUGCCAACAAGUCCGCCCACGCCUUGGUGGGGCUCCUCAAUGACCUCUUCGGCCGUUUCGACCGGCUGUGUGAGCUGACGCGCUGUGAGAAGAUCAGUACACUGGGAGACUGUUACUACUGCGUGGCGGGAUGUCCCGAGCCACGCCCUGACCAUGCGUACUGCUGUGUCGAGAUGGGACUAGGUAUGAUCGUGGCCAUUGAGCAGUUCUGCCAGGAGACGUGUGAGACGGUGGACAUGAGGGUGGGGGUCCACACCGGCACGGUCCUCUGUGGGAUCCUGGGGAUGAAGCGGUUCAAGUUCGACGUGUGGUCCAACGACGUCAACCUGGCCAACCUCAUGGAACAAUUGGGCGUCGCCGGGAAGGUUCACCUAUCAGAGGCCACCGCCGGGUUUCUGGAUGAUCGGUACCAGCAGGAGGACGGGCGGGUGUUGGAGAGGGCGACGCAGGGCCUGAUGGAGAAACUGAAGGGGAUGAAGACCUACCUGAUCUCAGGGAGGAAGUUAGAGCAUGCUCAGUGUGGUUGCUCUCAGGACAUCCUGACCCCGUGCCCUCGCCCCCACACCUCUGCCCUCAUGCCUGGGGGGGCUGCUUCCCUCUGUGUGUCCUGCACUGUGAAUGGGGAGCAGACAGAGGAGGGGGCCGGACUCAAUGGAUGCCAGGAUGAACAUAAGACUAACAGCGCCAAGUUUACUCCAGGCUGCAGCCCCAGGGCUCUGAAUGGUAUUCUCAGUCCUCCACUGGAGGACUCGGUGAUGGCCAGCCAGAGCUCUCUAUGUGACAUGCUCCAGGAGAAAGAAAAGAAGACCAGUACGGGCACAGGGACGGGUACCAGCCUGGGUAUGGGGGGUCCAGGAGGGGCGGGACCGGGGGGCACAGGCAUGGACCACUCCGCCCUCAUCCCGCUACGCUCCAAGAACUUCAGGGAGAAGAGUGACGUCCAUUUUGUUGAUGUCAUCAAGGAGGACAGUCUGAUGAAGGACUACUUCUUCAAGCCUCCCAUCAACAAGCUGAGCCUCAACUUCCUGGAGAGACCUCUGGAGACAGCCUACCGCAUCAGCUACCAGGAGGAGGUGGAGACCCAGGCCCCGGUGCAGACCUUCGCCAGCCCUACCUUCAGCUCCUUCCUGGAUGUUCUCCUAUCCUGCUCUGUGUUCCUCGCCCUCACCUUGGCCUGCUUCCUGGUUCCCAUGGUCACUAUGGAGACACCUCCGGCAACCGUCCUGGGAUUGGCUACCGCUGCUGGUCUGUUAGAGCUGGUCUCCCUGGUGCUGUCCAUACGUAUGACGUUCUACCUGGACAACGUGUUGAGCUGUACCCAGACCUUGCUGAGGGUGGUGUCAGGCUGGAUCCCCCGUCAUGUGAUCGGGGCCGUGCUGGUCUCACUUCCUGCCGUGUCCGUGUUCUCACACCUCGCCUGCAGCCUCCACCUGCCCAUCCAGGUAACCAUGUUCCUGUGCUGUGCAGUGACCAUAGCCAUCAUCCAGUACUGUAACUUCUGCCAGCUGAGUUUCUGGAUGAGAUCUGCCCUGGCCACAGCUGUUGGUGUGGCUCUACUAGUGCUGCUCCACAGCCCCCUCAACAGGACAGGCUCCAGUAAUGACAGUUCUCCAGCGAUGGGUAACCUCACCAAUGAGACAUGGUCCACUCCAGAACCACGUCCAGAUGCCAUGGACCCCGUGAGACCCCUAGACCUACUGGUCCCAGAAGCAGUACUCACCUACUUCCUCCUCCUCCUAUUGGUCUGGUUCCUGAACCACGAGUUUGAGGUCAGCUACCGUCUCCAUUACCACGGCAACAUAGAGGCCGACAAGCACCGCGUCAAGAUCCAGAACAUGCGGGACCAGGCCGACUGGUUGCUAGGCAACAUCAUCCCAAUCCACGUCGCCGAGCAGCUCAAGGUGACCCAGUCGUACUCCAAAAAUCACGACAACGCCGGGGUUAUCUUUGCGAGUAUUGUGAAUUUUUCUGAAUUCUACGAGGAAAGUUACGAAGGCGGGAAGGAGUGUUACCGAGUGCUCAAUGAGCUCAUCGGCGACUUCGAUGAGUUGCUACGGAAACCGGACUUCGCCAACGUGGAGAAGAUCAAGACGAUCGGCGCCACGUACAUGGCGGCGUCCGGGCUGAACCCUCAACAGUGCAUUGACGACUCCCACCCAAACUCUAACCACCUGAGGGCGCUGUUUGACUUCGCCCUUGAGAUGAUGGGUGUUUUGGACGACUUCAAUAAAAACAUGCUAGGCUUUGGGUUUAAGCUCCGUAUCGGGUUCAACCAUGGUCCCCUGACGGCGGGGGUGAUCGGCACUACCAAGUUGCUCUACGACAUCUGGGGAGACACAGUGAAUAUUGCGAGUCGCAUGGACUCUACAGGGGUGGAGUGUCGGGUACAGGUGAGUGAGGAGAGCCACUCGGCGCUCAGUGGAAUGGGCUUAGAGUUUGACUACCGCGGUACCGUCAACGUCAAGGGCAAAGGUCAAAUGAGGACCUUCCUGUAUCCCAGGAGCGCUGAAAGAGGUGGGCAGCUAUUGGCUGAGCCUUGGCUACAGCCACAUCAAUUAGUUGCUGUUUUGCCCCCGGUGAAACCUGUCCAAUCACAGGCAACCGUUGGACCCGUGGGGGAAGGGGACGCCGUUAAUACGACCAAGUCUGAUGCAAGUGCCAAUGCGCCAGCCCCUCCUCCUUUAUCCUCUUCUUACACUCCUCCCACAUCCUCCUCUUCCUCCACAUUCACCCCCCAAGCCUCUUCCAUAGGACCUCCUGUAGCUCCUUCAGGACUAGGGCCAGAGCCAGGCCCGGCCAAGCCCUGCGGGGUGAGGGCAGAUCGGGCAGAGGGGUACAGGGACGCUCCUCCAAUCCCACCAGGAAUCCCCCAAACUGGGGCUGGCCACCCCGCUGCUACGGGCACGGACCCUCACCCCCUUACCCUGGACCUAGACCCGGAGCUAGUACCCUGUACCUUGGCACAGCCUGAGGAAGAGGAGGAGGAGGAAGCGAAUGAGCUGACAAAGCUCAAUAAGGAGGAUUUCAUGUCACGCCUUUGAUCCAUCAAGUGCUGAUCUAGGAUCAGCUCCCCCUUAUCCAUAUAAUCCUAAUCAUUAUGAUUUUAAAGUCCAAACUGAUCCUCGAUCAGCACUCCUUUCUCUGAGCUGAGCUGAAGACAGAAGUAGCUACAGAUACAGGUUUGUAGGGAUGGGAGGAGUUUUUCCCCCCUAACUUAUCCAUUAAUCACCUUUCUGAACCAAAACAGAUGUUUUCACAUGAUGAAAUGUGACUGCAGACAGAGUGACCUUUGGACAUUGACUUGUAGUCAAGCAAUGAUGGCUCAUCACUUUUCUAUAGGAAGGGGGAGGGCUGUGUUGAGCACAGUUAUUGUGGCACAAAAUAAUGCAGGGGGAGGGAGGAGGACGAGUAGAGAAAGGGUUUUUGCUUGUUUAUUUUUCUUAUGCUUUGGUUGAUAUGUAAAGAAGUGCCUUCAGGACAAGAACCGUUAACGAACAAGAAAUGAAUAUGGAACAAAAACACAAAAAAGGUUGGAACAAUCUUUAGCAUGACUUAUUUUUUCUAUUUCAAACCUAGUCUACCGAUGAUGCUGUGGUUCUUUUACUACAAGUUGUUUUUUCAAUGCAAUUUAUUUUGUUAUUGUAUCGUUAUCGUUUGUGCCAUAUUCAGUUUUUCACUUGAUCAGUUGUAGCCUAUUCGCCUGACCGUAAAGGGAAAUAAAUGACGUGCCAGACAGUGGUGGAUCAUGGGUAAGAAGCAGGGAGUUAUGGGUAGAAUAAGGGAAUGACAAAAAGCAGUGUUAUUGGUGUUUCUGCUUUGAGACGAUGGCUUAGAGUGUUUGUGAUGUGCUACAUGGACCCAAUACUAAAGGGAAAACCAACAUAGGGAUUUAUCUUCACACUGACGCUUUUUUAUGUCCAACUUUUCAGGAAACACGUUUUUUUUUAAAAGAAACUUCCGUACAGCUUCUUUAAGUGGUCUGUGGAACAUAACUGUAAGAACCACAGAUCUCCUCACUGGGUCUCACACAACUUCUCCUAGACCUCUCCUAAAUGGAAAUGGCAAAUUGGGAUGGUAGCCCAUACCAAGCAGUCUUGACAGUAAGAAAACUGAACACAUACGUUAUAGCACUCUCAAGUAACGAUUAUACUCUAACAAGUAUACUGAAAAAGCACAAAUCUAAAAAUCGUUUAAGGGAAUCAUAGUGUUGGAAAUUAAAGGGACUAUUUGGUUAUAUCAAAAUGGGAAAGCACUUAAAAUCUUUAGGGAAAAUAUGUGUUAAAAGUAAGACAUUCACCAAAAGGAACCUGAAUUCAUUACAAACAGUUUAUUAACAUGUUAUAACACGUAUUAAUGUGUAUUGAAGUGAAAACUCAAGUUUGUAUGAAGUUCUAUCCAUUGUGUUAGUUGCCACAGAAACAAAUGAUUUUAACCGACACCAGAUUCAACCAAUGGCUAAUCACGUCUGCCUUUAGCUUUGUGUGACAUGCUGGUUGGGGUGGGACGUUUAAUCUUUUAUCCAAUCACAGCCUCUGCAUGAGGGAGGCUCUACUGUAUUAAUGUACUUAAAAUGUGCCACUUUCAUCAAGUUAUUAUUUGGGUGCAAUGCAACCUAUAUUUUUCAAAGUUUUCCUUUUCGAGUACAUUUUUUGUAGUGCCUAAAAAAUAUAUUUUUUGUUGAGUUAGUAUGAUGAUGAUAGCAAUGAUGAUGAUGAUUGUAUGUUUUAUGAAAUGAUGAAUCGCCUUGAGCAGUUCCAACUGCAACUCCUGUUUUGAGAAAAUCAACAUCUUGCUCACUUGGUUUUUUCUUUCUCUCUCUCUCUCUCUCUGACUGAUUCUCUGUGAAUUCUAUGUGAAGGGUGGUGUGCCCAAGGUCUCUUCCGUGCUCCCUCGCUUUUCUCUUUUCUCUCACCUUGCCUUUUCCCCUCUUUUCUGCUCAAGCUUUUACUUCUGAAAGGAAGUGUCUAUAGGGGAUUCAUCUGUAGCCCUGUCACUUUUGUGUCUUACAUUUCAGACAGAAAGUAGUAGGAAAAUCUGUGUGUAUGUGUGUAUGUGUGUGUGUGUGUGUGUGUGUGUGUGUGUGUGUGUGUGUGUGUGUGUGUGUGUGUGUGUGUGUGUGUGUGUGUGUGUGUGUGUGUGUGUGUGUGUGUGUGUGUGUAUGUGUGUAUGUGUGUGUAUGUGUGUGUAUGUGUAUGUGCUUUUCCCCCCCAAGUCUAUUUGACUAAGGAGAAAAACUGAAAGUUGAAGUUGCCCCAUGGUGCUGAUCAAGGGUCAGUUUUGUGUUUUAAUUCCUAAUGGUCGAUGCUCGGACUUGGAUCUGAUGAGUAAUCUUUUGGGAUACCUCUAAUCUAAACUGCAGGGAGAACCAAUAAGAGCUAGUUUAAGGGUCUUUAAGUGGGCUAUCAGACAAGUUAUAAACAUAUGAUACGAAUCAAAGCAGAUGGCCUAUGACUUCAAGGUGAGUGCCCAUAGAAAGAUCUAGAAAUAGUAUUAAAUCAGAAUUAAGUGCUAUAUGUUGGUCAUAUUAUGCCAAUGUACCCUUGCCAAAAUUCUGAGUCUGUUUAGAGUUUGGGACUUUUGUUUACCUACCACCAAUAUGUACUUCUGAUAUGUCAGUGCCUUUUAUUAUUAGACAUCUUGUGUGGAUGUAGUUUGGUGGCUUAUUGUCAGCCUUCUUGAUAUUUUUAUCCUCAAAUGCCUUUCCACUUCCAAUAACUUUGUAGCACAUUCAUAGGUUCUAUAUAUCUGACUAUAGCUAAUAAUUUGACACACACCAUUUUUAUAUUAUGAAUUAAAGUACUGUGGAUCUUUGUAUUAAAUAUUUUGAUAUAUUUUUAUUUAUCACACUUGAAAAAAAAGCCACACUUGAUCUUUCACUUCCACAGAAGCAUACCGCAUUUACCAUCAAUCGUGUAUCUAUCUGGUUUAUGAUUACUUAAGUAAGUGUUUGUGCAUUGAAUCACACUUGUAUUUAUGUUGGUAGUUAGAGUGAGGCGGAGUACAGUAGCGAUUUGUAUUGAGUGUGGAGUGAAAGGGCACAGUAACCAAGACUGGUAUCCAAGGGACAAUAUUUUUUUUAAAGGGAACUAGGCAGAACACGGAGGAGGGACAUGGGCAUGCCACCCUCUUACUAAAACCUUCACCAAUACUGAGAAAUAAAAAAGGGAAUAGAAGUCGAAACAAAACUGUCUCCAACUCUGUGCUCUCUGGUAAAAAGGGAGGAAUGACUUUGACUUUGCUUGUUUUGAGUCUGACAUUUUCACCACUUUGCUCUGUGUGUGUGUCUUUGUUCCUGUGUGUGUGUGUGUGUGUGUGUGUGUGUCUUUGUUCCUGUGUGUGUGUGUGUGUGUGUGUGUGUGUGUGUGUGUGUGUGUGUGUGUGUGUGUGUGUGUGUGUGUGUGUGUGUGUGUGUGUGUGUGGACAUACUUAUGCUUUUUGCUACCACUUCUCACCCAUACACUCCCGCAAUUAGCCAUUGAUUUCUUUCUUUGCCUCUCUUGACAUUUCUAACCGACCUUAGGGUUUGUUUGUUAGCUUUCAUGACAUGGAUAAAGCCUCCAGAAGUCUAUUUUAAUUGAGCCCAAGUAGUAUAAUUCUAAAUAAUAUAUAAUAUAUAUGCCAUUUAGCAGACACUUUUAAACAAAGUGACUUACAGUCAUGCGUGCAUACAUUUUACAUAUGGGUAGUCCUGGGAAUCGAACACACAAUCCUGGCAUUACAAGCGCUAUGCCCUACCAACCAGGCCAUACAGGACCCAACUAAGCCAUACAGGAUAAUUAUGCUAUACAAUAUCUAAUACGAAUUGGGAGACAAAAGCCAACAACGAACAAACAAAUGAUUCAGUAAUUAACAUAAGCUUUAACAAGGAUGCAUGGAACAGAUAGAUUAAAUAUAUAUUGUUUGAACUGAACCAGUGUCUGGGCCUGUGUUUCUUUUUACAGAAAAAGUCCUUUUACCAGGCCUUCACUCUAGUAAGUACAAUUUGAAUUGUUGAGAAAAUAUUGUUUUUCUUCUUCUUUUUACUGCUUGGGGUGCAGAUGUACUAAAUAUUUGUGGGUGUGUUCGCACAUUCAAACUAUCAUCACAAGCAAAAAAAAGUUGAUAAUUCACUCGUGAUUAAAUUGCACACUCACUUUCUUUCACUGCUAUGGUAAAUGAACUAUAGUAAAUUAGCUCCAUGUGUUAUUUCCACACUGGGGAUAACGAUAUUGGAAAAAACCAAAGUGUUUUAAUUUGUUGAUCUGAGAUGUAUGUUAUUGUGUUUUUUUGCUUGUUUAUAUUUGCCUUUUUCAAUCAGUCAGUGUGCUAUUGUUUGUUUAUUUGUUAUUGUGCACAUUAACCAUAGCCAAUGUAUCAUUUUUAAACACGAUGAACAUAAUCUGUAUACAUUUGCACAAGGCACUCACUAUGUAUGUACAUAUGCAAUAUGUAUUUUGAUGUCACAUUUAUGAUUUUGUUUCAACUUUUUGUACAUGUGCCUGAGCCAGAUUUGGACUUUUUGUGAAAAUCGAUGAACAGGAGAACACUUCCAUAUCAAACUGUUUUGUCGUCUGCCUGGCUGUCUGGGUGACUUUGUGAGUGAUAUAUUAUGUAUGAUCUUUAAAGGGCUUGUCAAAAUAAGUAUUUUAGAUGCUGCAAGUGAGGCAAUAUUUCUACCAUAAUUAUGACAACCACCAAUCCCCCGCAACUAGCAUAAGUACAAUAGUAAUAUAUUUUGGUCCUUAAUUCAAGAGCCUGAUGUUAAUGUGGAGACCUAUUAGGCUUAUUAGACAGUCCAAAGUCCAUCACACUGCCAUUGGUUGGGGGGAUAGGAGGAAAGCAGCAUUGUGUGCCAACAUACCACAGGAGAGAUGAGGCCAGUGGGAAGGUAGGCCUGGCAGGUAAAUCAAGAAAGAAAAGUACAGAAAUUAAAGGAUCCAAACUUUUGUUUA